GCCAAUGUCGCGACCAACGCGAAACUAUAGAGCCCCAAGAAUAUUCCCCUGCGGCAACACUGGCGGCGCCCUCUGGGUGGAGCCAUAAUCACGGAGUGACAAUCAGCCGCCGUAACAUAAAAGCAAGCGAAGCAGAUCAGAGGCUCACCUGGCCCCGAGAAGGUUGGGACAGCGUGAGCGUGGAUGAGGAAUCAUCUAUAGAAAUGUCAGGUAUGUAUACCAUGCAUUCUGUUUGGUGGUCAGUAUAUAUAUUGACCACACACACACAAAUAAGUUGCCAUCCUUCUCCUUUACGGACUCGUAAAUGUACCGUAGGCGGCUAGGAGAGGGGUGGCGACAAUUGGUGGUUAGUGCUGGGAUUGAACAGAUAUAGAAUCAAGGCAUAACCUAAAAUGAAUGCAAGGUAUACUAUCCUAACAUUAAACGUAUUAUUCUAAGAAAAAUAACAUGUGUGUGUCAAUAGUAACAAAAAUUGCAAGAUUUGUACUUUAAGUACACGUGCGGAAUCAUAUAAUUACAGGGUCUGGUUCAACAUCAAUUUUGGCUCAUUUAGUUAUGAAAGUUACUUCAAGAGCUCAAUAAGUGAAGACUUUUAAGAAUAAAGUAAUUUCAUUGACUGUGUAAUACGGCAGGAUAUGAGAAAAUACAUCAUGGCGUACUCUCUCGGCUAAAGGAUGGUUUACUUACUUAUAAGAUACAUUUUAUUCCCCGUAUAAGAAAAAAGGCUCAAUUGUUAUAAAUAAUGUUUAAAAAAUAAAAGUAUGAAGAUUUCAGUAUUCGUCCGAAUUUAUGAAAUUAAAAAUUCAUUAUUCAAAAAUAAAAGGUCAUGUUAUUGAACAAAGUUGCUUCAGUUGCUUCCGGGAUACGUCACGAAUACGUCUCUGAUUGGCCAAAAGCGAAACAUGGCGGCCAUCGCGCCAUCGCGGCGGCCAUAGCACGAAGUAGUGUUGCUACAGUUACAGUAAGAAGAUUACCCGAAAUGUCGGGAGAAAAUUACGACUCGAAAGGAUUAACCGGAUAACUUCAGUGAAGAGAAGAAAUUAUUUUACAAACGGAUUCGACUUGGAAGGCAGUAAUGAGAAUUUUCUUAUAAGAUGAAUGUGUAAUUAAGUCAAACGGUCAUACUGAACUGUGUAUAGAUAUAAGUCGGUAAGAAUUUUGUCUUUGUGUUCGUAAUUAUAUUGGAUUGAUUAGUAUAUAAGCUAGAAGAUCUUUUCAGGGAUAAGAAGAGAAGCACUAGCCUAUGGUAUACUGCAGGUAUAUCUUAUAAGUCUUAUAAGACAAGCGUAAAAUAAGAAGGGGCAGAGGAAUUUUCCGCUUUGAAUUUUACUUGAUACAUGUGUGUUAAACUUAAUUAGAAUUAAGAUUUUAGUAUUAAGUAUUUGUAUAAAAGUAAUAACGAUGCAUCUAAAAGGACCGAAGAAGAAACAAGUUACGGUUAGUUUAUUCGUUAAAUAUGUCAGAAAUCAGGGAGUUCUGACUAAGGCUGGCAACACUAAUUCCCGUAGAGAAUACGCUUUACUUUGAAACUUUGUUUACGGAGAAGCUGCAACAGCGCUGGUUCCCAAGAAGUUUGCAUCCAGUUUAUAGGUAAGAUGCAGUUGUUUUGUACAAUUUCAAGUGCUUUAUAGAAGAAUUAAAUUGGUGAAUGAGUACGAUUAUUGAAAAUAUGUGUAUUUUACGUCAUAGGAAGACAAAAACACGAACCGGCCUCCGUGAACCAUCACGGACUCGACACAUACCACCGGAUUAGACGAGAAAAGAGAAAAGAAAUUCCUCGGUAAGUUUUUAAAUAACUACUUCGUCAUCACAUGAAGUUUGUUCAAAGAAAAACCAAUCGUCAGCUAAUUUGCCGUAAAGUUAGCGAAAACGACCUCGUGGUUUUUGCAAAGAAACAUGGCGUGUUUAAAGUUCUAAAGUAGAAAUAAAGUUAGUUAAGUAAGAAUAUUACAGUCAAUAUUCAAGUUUUAACAUCCGUAUUACGUUUUAUUAGAGAUAUCUUGAAUAUUUUGACAUUGUACUUGUUAUUGGCGAAGAUUAACUUGGAUGAAGAAAUGUAUUUGCAGCGGAGUCAAAAUGGCGAAUUCUAGUAUUCUUUAAAAGUUUAGAGAAGCUUUUAACAUCGUGAGAUAUUAUGUUAUGCAUAUCUCGCAUAUUUUUCCUGAACUCACAAUGUUGUUUACUUAUUCCUUAAAGAACUUUGAGAAAGUUUUUUUUAUGUUGAUUGUGUGUAUAUGUGAAUUAACAUCUUCUUUACAGGUUUAGUAUAAGAAGUGAAUUUGUGUCAAUAGUGUUCGUUAAAAUACGUCAUACAAAUUAAAUACAAAAAUAAAACAAAUGAGUAAGCUGAAUGAGUGAAAGUGACAGUGCAAAGUUAUAUUAUAGUUACCUGCGUGUAAACGUCAACGUUACUGACAAGCACUGAUAAGAAGUGAUAAGUCUUAACAUAAAUUUGAGUUCAAUAACAUGUCUGUGUGUAUGUUAUGUUUACAGAUAUUCCAAUUUUCUUUAGUGAUAUUCAAUUUAAAGUGAAAUAAUUUAAAUUUGGAAAUAAAAGAACUCAUUAAUUAAAUUAAUUUUAAAGUGAAAGUAUUAAAGUUUCAAAUAAGAGUCCUCAUAAAUUAAAUUAAAUUUUAAUCUUUUGUUACUUUUAACUAUUGAGUGUUGUUUUCCAUAAUAAGAAUAGAUUAAUAAAAAAUAAACAAUUCCUCAUUUCUAGUAGCAUUCUAAAAUAAUUAAAGAAAAUGUCAGAAACCUAUCCUUGUGAAGGAUAAUUAAAUAGACUUUUCCCAAUAAGAGUUUUAAUAAAAGAUACUAGUUUAUAGUAUAUAUUUCUGUACCUUCCAGGACAAGAUGGACGAGAUUCUCUUAAUCAGACUUCGAAUCACCAGUGAAAAAAUUGGUGCUGAAUUGGAAACAAUACCCAGUACGGUUCGGUCAGAAAACAUAGGACAGGCUCAGGUCGUCUAUAACAGACUGCAAGCUGCAGUGAAUAGGCUCAACGCUAAUUUAUCAGAAUACUUUCGUUUAGCUACAACUCCUGCAUCAGAUGAAAUUUUCUUGAUUAGUGGCCAGCAGCUUUUAGCAGAAGAGACUUUAGCAGAACUCAAGGCGAAGAUCGACCAAGUCACCGUAUCCCGUGAGACCCAGGAAAAGCCGCCUGAAGUGAAUUCCUCUUGUCGACUACCGAAACUCCAACUACAGGUUUAUAACGGGGAUGUGCUUUCCUGGUGCGAAUUUUGGGAUAGUUUUAGCAGCAAUAUCGACUCAAGAAACUUACCUGAUGUAGACAAGCUGUCUUAUCUUAAAACUUCAGUGACGGGUGAUGCUAAGAAAGCUAUUGAUGGCCUGCCUACCACUAACGGAAACUAUAAGAUAGCGGUCACUCUACUAAAGGAACGUUUUGGCAAGAAAGCUCAUCUGAUUGAUGCCCACUAUGCUACAUUAUACAAAAUCGAAGCGGCAAAAAGCAGCGCAGAAGAUUGUAGAAGAACUUUCAACGAGGUGGAGCGCAAUCUUAAAAUCCUAGAGUCUCUUGGCGAAAACACCAACCACAACCAUCUUCGUUUCAUGAUUUUGGAGAAAUUUCCUUCGGAUUUAAUAUACGAAAUAAAGUUGAAAAUUCAGAAUGAGUCCACACAAGAACUCCGGGAACAAUUGAAUAAAAUUAUCACUGCAAAGGAAGAUGCAGAGAGAAUUGCUGGAAGGAAACGAUCACAUGAGGUAGAUGACAGCACUGUCGGUACCCUGCAUGUGAACGCAAAGCGUGCGAAGAGAAUGCAUCAUUUCCAACAGGGAAAUAAUACCUCAAAUACUCAACAUUAUCAAGGAAGUACUAAUAGAAAAGGACUAAAUAGAAAAGGAAAAUUUCAAAGGGCCAAUGAACCCAAAAAAGGAAGCAAACCGAGCGUAUCUAAUGUUGCAACAUCUGCUAACAGAUCUGCAACUGUUAACCCAAAGGAAAAAGGGAAAAUCUUAGGUUGUAUAUUCUGCAACGGCAAACACCGCAAUUAUACGUGCCAGGACGCUUCUACUUUAGAGGAAAGAAAGAAGCGGUUGACCGGAAGAUGCUUUAUAUGCUUUAGGAAGAAUCAUCUUGUAAAGGACUGUAAGGAAAACUGGACUUGUAGACUUUGCCCAGGAAAGGAAAGGCACAACAUGGCCUUAUGCCCUUCAAAUUUUCCAAAGGAUCCCAAAACAAAGAAACAGUCUUGACUAUUUCAGAAAGAGGAAUCACCACUCUACAGACAGCUGUUGUUUAUGCUAACCCCUUAGGUGAUAAGAAUAAUGUAUUGUGUAAAUACCGUUUAAUUUUAGACCCAGGGUCUCAACGUUCUUAUGUCACAUUUCAAGCGGCCAAGGAGUUGAAGCUUCCAGUCGAAGAAGAAAGUCUCUUGACAAUUUUCACCUUCGGUGAAGAUCCUCCGAAGGAAAUACAUAGUCCUAUAGUGAUUCUACAGUUAGUAACUAGAACAAAUAAGAAGAUAGUUAUACAAGCUAACUGUGUCCAACGCAUUUCAAGAGGAUUCAUCCCAAAUGUCAAGUUACGGGGCGUACCCGAGUCUUAUGUACUGGCGGAUGAUGGUUCUGUAAGCGGACAGGUGCAGAUUCUAAUCGGAAACGACUACUACUUUAACAUUAUUUAUGAAACUAAGAUACAACUAGAUAGUAACUUGUUUCUAGUGGAUUCUGCCCUUGGAUGGAUAGUCAGUGGCAAGACGGAACCACAGCUUGAAGAGGAAUCAUAUGUAGUGACUUAUGCUCAAACUUGUAUUGAAACGAAGCUUCAUCAACCAGAUUCACCUCUUUGUGAUGGAGACAUUAAAAACCUUUGGGAAUUGGAAUGUAUAGGAAUUUGUGAUUCACCUAAAGCAACAAGAGAAGAAGAAGCUAUUAAAAAUUUUAAUGAAACUACAGUAAAAAUUAACAAUAGAUACACGGUAAGCUGGCCAUGGAUAACUUAUCCGCCUGACUUACCUAAUAACUUUGGAAUCGCCUUUGGGCGUCUGUCAAGUUUACUGAAGCGCAUGGACCAAGAAACCUUAAUGUCAUACGACGAUACAUUUAAACAACAAUUAGCUAAGGGUAUAAUAGAAGUCGUACCCACAUCAGGAACGUCAACUGGUAACGCUAUUCACUACCUACCCUUCCAUGGAGUACGUCAUCGAGGAAAACCUAUGCGAAUCGUGUAUGAUGCUAGUUCCAAGAGUAACAAGAACACCAAGAGUCUGAACGAGUGCUUAUACAGAGGACCACUCAUGCUUGAAGACCUUACAGGGUUACUCAUCAAAUUCAGGACACAUCACAUAGGAUUGACGUCCGACAUAGAAAAGGCGUUUUUACAGAUGGCAUUACACGAGAAGGAUCGUGACGUUACCAGAUUCUUAUGGCUUAAAGAUACCUCUAAACCAGUAUCUCAGGAUAACCUACUUUACCUAAGAUUCUGCAGAGUUCCAUUCGGCGUGAUAUCUUCACCGUUUCUACUGAAUGCGACUAUUAAAGAACAUUUAAAUAAUGCAGAAGAUCAGCAUGUCAGGCAGAAAGCGAAUGACAUAUACGUAGACAACUUUGUUUCAGGCUGUAGUACUACAGCUGAAGCAAUAGAGCUUUACAAAAGUUUAAAAGGAUCUUUUCAAGAUAUUUCAAUGUCACUCAGGGAUUGGAGUUCUAACUCCGAAGAAUUCAUGAAGAUGGUCCCUGAUACAUGUAAAGAAAACAAGAUAAAAGUACUUGGCUUAGAGUGGGACAUAAAAAAGGACACCCUCCAGCUGAAGCCCAACCUCCAAGAGGAAGCAGUCACAAAAAGAGGAAUACUGAAGACUAUCGCAUCAAUUUAUGACCCGUGCGGUUACGCGGCACCUCAUACAUUAUCAGCUAAACUUUUUCUGCAAGGACUUUGGAAGGCCGGAGUAUCUUGGGACUCACCAUUAUCAAGCGAGCUAACAGAAGAGUGGAACAUCAUCCGACAGAACCUAGAAGUCAUAGGAAAGGUAUCGGUGGAUAGAUGUUACAUGAAGACACCAACGGAAGCGAAUUACCAACUGCACUGCUUCACAGAUGCUUCACUACAAGCCUACGCAGCAUCGGUGUUUCUAGUCUGUGGCUCGAAGAAAAGCUUUAUCAUGGGUAAAUCCCGUCUGAUACCAACCAAGGAUCAAGAUAACCUCAAGAUACCCCGUCUAGAACUUCUGGGAGUACUGAUAGGCUGUAGACUGAUGAAGUUCGUCCUUAAGUUUCUGCAACAGAAAAUAGUAAGACAAGUCUUAUGGACCGAUAGUCAGAUUGUCAUCGAAUGGUGUAAGUCUAACAAACUACUUCCUCCCUUCGUUGCCAGACGAGUAGAAGAAAUCAAGACAAACAAAGACCUGGAGAUAAGAUAUCUACCAUCAAGCUUGAACCCAGCAGAUGUAGGCACAAGACCCCUUCGUGCAGAGGAGGAUAAGGAGAAAUGGCUGAAUGGUCCGCAGUUUAUAACAGAAGAUCCACAGAAAUGGCCAACCACAUCCGGCAGUGAGCCAACCAGUUCUCUUCUGACAGGGGAGGGUCUUGGGUUCCAAGAAGACAUAGAGAUGGUCGAUAAAGAAGAUCCAGUUGUUAAUGUCAACCCGAUGAAAACGGAGGAAAUUAUAACACCAAAUGAAGUGAUAGGAAAUAAUCAGUCAACAGACGACAAGCUUCAUAAAUUAAAAGAAAUUCAAGCUAAAUAUUUUCCUCUAGAGGUAGAAGGAAAAGAAACCAAUCUAAGUCGAAACUUAGGAGUAUUCAAGGACAUUGAUGACCUAUUGAGAUGCAAAGGUCGUAUGAAAAACGCAAACUGGUCGUUCGACAAACGAUACCCUAUACUCAUACCAAAAGAGUCAGAUUUCACGAAGGAAAUUAUAAUGAAAACUCAUCAAGAGAACAAACAUGUAGGUGUCAGCCACACGCUUGAUAAAAUAAGAGAAAUGUAUUGGAUUCCUCAAGGAAGAAGUAAAGUCCAACGGAUAUUAAAGGGAUGCCCUGAAUGUAUGAAACAUGAUGGAGGACCUUAUAGACUACCAGAAACCCCUGCUCUUCCUAAAGAGAGAGUCAAUUACAGCUCUCCUUUUACGUACGUUGGAACAGACUACCUGGGACCACUUCUAGUUAACAACGGGAAUGGCAGUUGUAAAAGAUGGAUUAGCCUUUAUACAUGUUUAGCGGUAAGAGCCAUUCACCUGGAAGUGGUAAAGGAUCUAACAGCGGAAGAAGGUCUUCUGGCCUUAAAAAGGAUGAUAUCAGCGAGAGGCGUGCCUACCUUAAUUACAUCUGACAACGCAGCUCAUUACAAGUUACUUUCUGAAAUUCUUCAAGACCCAUAUUGCAUAGAAAAGGAGAUUAAAUGGAAAUUCAUACCGCAAUUAGCCCCAUGGCAUGGAGGAUUUUACGAAAGGUUGAUUGGCUUAACCAAGAAUUGUAUGAAGAAAACCUUACAAAAACACUUAUUGAAUGACAGCCAGCUGGCAACAACAGUUAAGGAAAUAGAAGCAGUACUUAACACAAGACCUUUAACCUACGUGGAUUCAGAACCUGACCACGUAUUAAAACCCUCAGACUUUCUUACCAUGGGAAAAUGUAUCGUAAUGGAAACGUCGAGCAUGGAUCCUAUUACGUCACAUGGGACAGUAACCAAAGACAAUCUAAUUAAAGGUUGGAAGAAAGCGCUCAUCAUUCUACGAGAAUUCAAAGAGAUGUUUGAGAACAGGUAUCUCCUAAAUUUGAGAGAAAGAUACUCCCAUCAUCCUAAGGAGCCUAGAGUGACUUCAAAAUUAACGCCAAAAAUAGGUCAGAUAGUGCAAAUAAAAGGCGACACGAAGAAUAGGAUCAAUUGGAAAGUUGGGAAAAUAGUAUCUUUAAAGGAAGGCGCCGAUGGUUUAUGUAGAGUAGCCACGGUCCAAGUAGGAGAUACAAUAUAUACAAGAUCUAUCGCGCAUCUCUACCCGUUAGAGAUCGAAGAUGGAGAGGAACAGUGUAAACAAACGUCACAUGAAGAAAGCGUAGAAGAAUCUGUACAGGUUCCUGACGUCCCACAUCCAACAAGAAGGGACGACGUGAUGAAAGAAUCCACUAACGACGUUCUUAAGACUUCUGAGCAGAAAUCUUAUCAAUUAACAGAAUUAAACGAGUCAGAAGAAAUACCGUCUGAUUCAGUCUUAUUAGAGCCUGCAUCUAGUCAGUUACACGAGCCUGAGCCUAAGUCCAUACCCGAACCAGACCCACUCGCAGUCAAAGACAUGACGUUCUGCGAGAACACUGAUCCUGAAACGCACCACCUAGAGAACAUCGCGUCGGCUGAACAUCACGACGAGUCCAGACCUAAGAGAGCAGCGGCGCUUCGUGCUCUUGAGAAGAUUAAGGAGUGGACCAGCAACUUAGUCGCAGUUUUGCUGCCUGUAGUGGGGAGUGUCGCGACCAACGCGAAACUAUAGAGCCCCAAGAAUAUUCCCCUGCGGCAACACUGGCGGCGCCCUCUGGGUGGAGCCAUAAUCACGGAGUGACAAUCAGCCGCCGUAACAUAAAAGCAAGCGAAGCAGAUCAGAGGCUCACCUGGCCCCGAGAAGGUUGGGACAGCGUGAGCGUGGAUGAGGAAUCAUCUAUAGAAAUGUCAGGUAUGUAUACCAUGCAUUCUGUUUGGUGGUCAGUAUAUAUAUUGACCACACACACACAAAUAAGUUGCCAUCCUUCUCCUUUACGGACUCGUAAAUGUACCGUAGGCGGCUAGGAGAGGGGUG